UUGCUACUUUUGAUGACAGAUAUAUUAAAUACAGUAAAUUUCAAAAAACUAGAAACUUUGAAUUGAAAACAGAGGUGAAGACGUAACGAGAAUCAGACCAUCAAUGAAAAAUGGCUGCACCACAAUUUGAAGCGUACCAGGCGUCAAUACACAGUGCAGAAAACAUAUUAUUUCCAUUAAUAUCAGUGCUUGGAAUCUUGUUCAAUGCCUUUGUCGUGUUGGUCAUUGUAGUGACAGAAAGAUCAAGAUCAAAUAGAACAGUUGCAAAUACGUUUGUAAUGAAUCUUGCAAUUGCUGAUAUUUUAUUUCUCAUUGCGUUGCCGUUUCAUACACCUUCGUUAUAUGGAGAUGGAUAUCCCUAUACUGUGGAAAUGUGUAAACUUUUAGAAGCAAUGAAACACGUCAGUUAUCAUUCCUCCAUUUUAUUUCUCACUGGCAUGAGCGUGGAUCGAUAUAUGGCGAUUGUGCAUAGCUUGAGAUCACUAGAAUACAGGACACAGAAAAACGCCAGGAUAGCUUGUUUUAUUCUCUGGAUAGCAAGCAUCAUAACAUCGAUACCAAUACUCGUGUAUUCAACGUUAGAAGUAUGGACCGAUCAAAAUUCUACUGUGACUAUAGGUCAUUGCAUACAAUUGUUUCCGGGACAUGAAAACGAGAAACAUUUUGCAACGGAAGAAGAAUUGUUGGAAAACUUUUAUACUGGUGAUUUAGGUGGUGCAUAUGAUUAUUCUGGCACGUAUGAAGACUACGCAUCAGGGAGAAUGGGAGAAGAAAAUAUGACUUCCGAAGACUACUCCGUUUCAGCAUUGGUAUUGAACAAAAGUGAAAGGAGCAUUGAAGACAUCCCAGAAAAGUUGUGCCUGGAGAGAGGAUAUAUAAAUAACAAGAAUUCAACAUCAUUUAGGGUGUGGCAGUAUUUCACAUUCAUCGGGUUUUUUGUUCUUCCAGCAUUGAUUGUAAUGUUCUGUUACUUUAAAAUCUGGCGUGCAACCACAAUACGUAACAUCAGGUCACAAAACCAACGAUUAGAAGCAGGAGGCCAUGAGCAACAGUCAUUACAUCCGAAACCACAAUCACCAAAACAAGACUGGAAGAAAAUUCAAUCUAAAGUUACGAUCAUGGUGGCGUGCCUUGUAUCUGCUUUUAUUCUCUGUUGGUUUCCGUUUCAAUUGUGGAUUAUAAUUACACUUCCACCAGGAGUGAAGGUAUCAGCAUCUUAUCAUUGUGACAUCAUUAUUGUCGUUGUUACUAUUCUUGCUUGGGCAAACAGUUUACUGAAUCCGAUAUUAUACUCAAUAACGAGCGAAAACUUUCGGAAAAGGGCAAUGACAACGCUGCUGUUUAUCAGAUAUGGCUCCCGGAGAACAUUGAGAAUGUCCGCUACUAGGACCAGCAGAACAACUCACGGGAGAACAGAGAAAACGGAUUUGAUGCCGUAUUCAAUGGCGAUCGGAACUUCUCCGAAGACUGACAGAAGAAGUACAUAUAUUUCACAACCCACGACACCUAUCGAUGAUGGGCCAGUCAUGGCAAAAUUGUGAUUUAGAUGCCCAAUCAAAGUAUGCAUGGCGAAUUAUAAAAUGAACUGAAAAUUUCAAGGAUGGAAUGUUCAAAGAGCAAUUUGAAAAUCUCAUGUGGAAAUCUCAUGUAAAAUAUGUAUGUAAAGUUAUAUCAAACAUGACUUAUCUAUAUUUUUAGCAGAACAAGAAUAUCGUGUAAAUAUACUAGAACAAAAGUUUUGAAUAAUGAACAAAAAACACAAUUUUGAAGUCCUUGCAAUCUGAAAAGUUGCUUCUGCUGAACCAUCUUACAAUUUCAUGCAGAAUUUUUCAACAACAAAAUUUUUUUUCCGUUAUCCAUGCCACAUAUUUGCCUAAUAGCAGGAAUGAAACUACCUUUAAAAGUCUGAUGUCCAUGACAAAGCCAGCGAAACCUCACAAUCUGCAUAAUAUUGCUCAUACAAACUUGCCAAAAAAGGUAUUUCCUGUAUAAAGCGAUAAACAUUGUUUCGUAAGAAAACAGUGUAGUGAUUACUCUUAAUCACCAAUACUGAUCUUCAGUUUAUAUGAAUAUAUAUAAUACUGUUUUAUAUCUUUAUUAUUUUUGUAUUUUUUGUAAUAUAUAUAACACAUGAACUUCAUAGUACAUAGUGAUGUUUAUUUUCUUAUUUCAAGUUUUUGACAGGACCUUUGCAUGUAAAAUUAAAUCUAUAACUGAUGUAGAAACCACAGAUGGUUAGUCCAUGUUAUAAUAUAAUUGCUUGAUCUCUAGAAUAAUAAUUCAAUACAUCUUUUUACAAUGGUCCUAAAUCUGCCAGAAAACAUUUUUUCCUGCCUCUGUACCAGUGUUGUCUAGCUAUGGAAAUUUACAUUAGACUCUGUCUCCUGACUAGAAAUAAUGACGAUGAAAAUUUGGACUUGAAGACUCCAGCUAUGAAAUCUUGAAGAAAAUCAAAUUUAGAUAUUGAAAAUUUCGACAACUUGGGUAUUGGAAACUAAUUUAAUAGACUGAUAUGUACGCUUGUUAACUUAGUCACUUCAUUUUUUUUUUCCAGUUUUUUUAGAUAAAUUUUCAACUUAGAUCAUUAUCUCCGUUGAACACCAACCAACAUCAUUAUUAAAAGUUUGAAAUUAACUAGUUUAAAAUUAACUAACUAGGGAGAAUGCAAAAUUUUGACUAUGACUAUAGGAAGACUAAUAUACGACUCCGGCUCCUAUGAGAACAUGCCAAGUUCAGACUGCCAGACCUUGUCCAACACAGGCAGAUUUGACACUGUGUAGUAUAGGAUGCUAUGGAGCAAAAAUAUAAUAGGAAAAAUACUAAUUAAAAACAGCCUUAAAAUUUAUCUGAAAUUCAAUACAAUAAAAUCCAUUAUAGAAUUAGACAAAUGACCUGUAGAUAAACUAUGAUUCAGAUCAGAUAUUUGUGUAUGUGUGUGCUAUGUGUAGUGUGAAACAGAGUAUCUGAGAGCAUUUUAUUGAGUGUAUAUAUACUUUUUUUCACAUCACAAUUUCAUAUCACAAUAUAGAUGUGUGUUAGUUCCGAGUAUAGUAUGUGUCUAGAAAAUGAAGUUGAAUAAUAUUUCUUUAAAAUUGUCCUUAUUACUAUUAUCUAAAACAGGUAAUUUAAUUCUGGUGUCUAGUACUAACACAACUAGAUGCACAAAAUGAAGUAAAAACGGUAUAUAAUAUACAGACUUUUCGAACUACUAAUGUUCGGGUCCAUGGACUUUUCCGACCGCAAGGUGGCAUAUGACAGUUUAAAUAUUAUUUUAAACACCUGCCAUGGCUUAUACUUUGCCCUCUAAGAUAUCGCAACCAGCGGAUAAAGAUGUUUCAUUUUCUACCUUGAUUUAUUUUGUACUGGCCUACCUACAAGUUUCAUGCUAUUGAUAAACAUUUUAUUCUAUUACUAAUAAACUAGUUUUCAUUGUUGUUCUCAUUUAAUAUUUUUGUACUUUUGCCACAAUUAUGUGCCAUAAACAUACAAUCUUCAACUUCUUUAUUUUUAAGUAUAAUGUAACAUGAUAAAAAAUAAGUUUUUCA